AAUUUAAAUCCUCCCUCCAAAUCACCACCACAAAUCACAAACCCAACCCCCACAAUUUGAAUAAGACAAACACACAACCUCUCUCUCUCACACACACAGAACUCGCGAGCUCUCGCGCCUCGCCUCCCAUGGCGGCCACGAAGCGGGAGCCCCUCCGCCCCAUCAGCUCCAACGCUGGCACGGUCGAGAGACGGGCUCGCGGCGGCGCGGCUGCGGCUGCGGCGGCGAAGGAGAAGGAGAAGGAGAACGAGGUGCCCACCGAGAUUGGGCGGGGGAAGGAUGGAGGGGAGAAGAAGCCGCCUGUGGUGGUGGCGGUGGUGGUGCCGCCGGCGCCGCCGCUGAAGCCGUCGUCGCUGCAGGUUCGCAUGAAGGCCGAGGAGGAGAAGGAGAGGGAGGAGGAGGAGGAGGGGUCGUCUCCGGCGGUGGCGUUGGUGGCGGGGUUGCAGGUGAGGAUGGGGCCGAGGGGGAGGGAGCUGCUACUUCCACCGCCGCCACCGCCGCCGCCGCUGCCGCUGCCGACGUCGUCGUCGUACGAGGCGUGGGACCUCUCCGACAACGAGGCGGCGCCGGCCUCGUCAUGGGCGACGCUCCCCAACCGCGCCCUCCUCUGCCGCCCUCUCCCCCUCGACGUCGGCAGGUGCACCUGCAUCAUCGCCAAGGAGACUCUCGCCGCCGCCGCCGCAGGCGCCCGUGGCGUCGCGCUCUACUCCCUCUACACCAACGAGGGGCAGGGGCGGCAGGACAGGAAGCUGGCGGUGGCGCGGCACCGGAGGAGGAGAGGGAGGUCGGAGUUCGUGGUGGCGCAGAAUCUGGACGGCAUCUUCUGCACCUCCGACAAGAACUUCCUCGGCACAUUGAGCUCAAACCUCGUCGGAUCCAGAUACCGAAUCUGGGGCCAGGGGAACAGGGUGGAUGAGAUCAAGAGCCAGUCGAAGCGGCUCCUCGGCGUCGUCGCGUUUGCGCCUACUGUUACUACGCUUACAGGGAGCUUCAGAAGCAUGAGGGCUUGGAUUCCCAAGAACCAAUCCAUUCAUCUGAAGAACAGCAAUUCAGCUCAGAUUCAGCACAUCAGUGGGCUUCCAAAGGAUUGGCAAGAGAAGAAGAUCAAGGCUGAUCAGCUCUGCUCAAGAUCUCCUUUCUACAACAAUAUGACAAAACGGUAUGAACUGGACUUCAGAGAGAGGGCAGGGAGGAUGGGAUACAAGGUGCAGCCAUCGGUGAAGAACUUCCAGAUGACUUUGGAGGAGAAAGGAAGGCAGACAAUAUUGCAGCUUGGUAGGAUUGGCAAAUCCAAGUACAUUAUGGACUUCAGGUACCCAUUGACUGGCUACCAGGCAUUGUGCAUUUGCCUGGCAUCCAUCGACUCCAAGCUAUGCUGCACACUAUGAGAUGAUGUAUCGGAGAUGUGAGGGAACCUCAUUUGGAUUGGUGGAAAUUCACAAGAAUUUUAUAGGAUUUAAACUAAUGUCCGUAAUAAUCCUGUAAAUUUCCAACAUUCCAAAGGAGUCCUGGCCUAUUUUGAAUUGAGUAGCGAUUUUGUAAGAGCAAUUGUCCCAUUCUCGCCUUGAGAAGGGGCUAAUAAUGCAACGGAGCUCUGUUCUCGACAA